GCAAUUUAUCCAUACCAAUGUUUGUGGAAUUAGGUUUGGGCCUAAGGCCCAAACAUUUUGGCUUCAUCACAUGUUUUAGAAAAUUUUACCCUAUACCCCUACAAUUGUACCCAUACCCCUACAUUUAAAAUUUUUUGACCAAAAUACCCUCAUAUAAAUAGGGUAUAUUUUCCGUUUCAAAAUUUUUUUACCAUUUUCGUUGAAGACUUCCGGAGAAGAAAAUUUUUUGGCGUUUUUGCAUUGUAUACCGGAACACUUAAGAUGGUUCGAAGAAGAGGUGCAGAUGGCCGGAUUCCAGUCCGCACGUUAGACCGGGGUGCAUCUUCAUCUGCAGCUGCAGCUGAGCCGACUGGAUAUCCAGGAGGGCCGUACGAUACAUCGCUUUUGGUGAAGUACGAGCAUCAUGUUGCUCGACAUAUAUGGUUCGGUGAGGAAAGAGGACCAAAGAAAGAGUUGAAGGUUGCCGGACAUGGACUGAAGUUGAAUUCUAGGGUUCCAUUGGCUCUUCCACCACAGAUGGAGAGUUGGGUAUCUAGAUCCGGUUUAGCUUCACUGCAGAGAACGAGUCUGAACAAGAUAGACACAAAUCUUGUCUCUGCAUUUGUGGAAAGAUGGCAUCUAGAGACAUCUUCAUUUCACAUGCCGUUUGGUGAAAUGAGCAUUACUUUAGAUGAUGUCGCAUGUCUACUUCACUUGCCCAUUAGGGGUAUCUUUUGGAGUCCUCAGGAUGUGACUGAAGAGCUAGCUGUUGAACUUGCUGUGGACUACCUAGGAGUGUCACAGAGUCAGGCACAGUCACAUGUUCGGAGCUGCAGGGGGUCGUAUUACAAGUUGGAGUGGUUAUAUGAUAUAUUCGUACAUCAUAGGGCUGCUUCCAGCUGGGCAUAUGCGACUAGAGCAUAUCUAUUGAUGUUGGUGGGUUCCACCAUAUUUGCUGAUAAGACCUUUACACUUGUAGAGGCACGAUACCUCCUCCUGUUUAGGGACUUGGAUGGAUGUUCAGGAUAUAGUUGGGGAGCAGCUGCACUAGUUACCCUCUACCGAUAUCUUGGAGAUGCGUCCAUGUACAGUUGCAAACAGCUAGGUGGAUAUCCUACUCUCCUACAGUGUUGGAUUCACGAGUAUUUUCCAACUGUUGGAAAAAGAGGGGAGAAUUGGAAUCCUGCUGGAAACUGUGGUCUUCCCCGAGCGAUGAGAUGGUCAUAUAGACAGGGAGUCCUGAAGGUCGAUGAUUUACGACCUAUUUUGGACGAGCUGACACCUACCGACGUCAUCUGGCGACCAUUUGAGGAUCAUAGAGCAUGGCGUGUAUUUGAUGAGAUAUGUCUUUACAGGGGCUGUUUGAAGUGGGGUGAAACAGUUGUUCCAUACUUGCCUGAUAGAUGUUUACGUCAGUUCGGGUAUAGACAGUAUGUUCCAUCCCCACCUCUGGAUUGUAUGAUGGCGACGGAUAUUGAUGUUGAUUGGAUCAGUUACCAUCAGAGUGUUGUCGAUGUGAUCGGUUCAUCUUCCGUGGCCACCACUCCAUCUGAGGUAGUAGACGGUUAUCUGGAGUGGUAUUAUCGUGUUUCCCAUCCACGGUUGGUCCCUCCCCAUCGUGACGCUCCUAGAGAGGUACCCGUUCCUGUAUAUGACGCCGGGCCAUCUGAUCCUGAUUGGGCUCGUGUAUCUACAUUGAUUCGUCGCUAUCUGAGACAGGUUAAUGCUGAAGAGGAAGAUCCACAGUUUUCUGAUUUAUUUGAAGCUUUGCAUAUUUCUCGUUCACAUUGAUUAUAUGUAUUAAGCUUUGAAUAUAAUAGACAUAAUAAUAUAGAUUUCAUGUUUUGAUUACA